GGCCGGGCGCGCGAGGUGGUGGACGGGAGGAGUGCUGCUGGCUCCGUGGUGAGGCUGCGACUGCGACCCCCGAUGUGACCGUGUCGCCAUCAUGUGUGCUGCGGACCAGCAUGCCAUUCGAAUCCCCGGAUCUGGCGAGAAACGAGUCAGGAAGCCCUCCGCAAGCCGUGCACAGUUUGGAUGCGCUGUCAGUGUCCUGCCUGCUGGGAUCCGUGUCUGCCAGUGUUCUGCUCCUGAUUGGUCUCUCUCUGGUCUGCGCUCGCCUAUUCAGGAUGGUGGUUGCCAGCUGGUGUGAUCGGCCCGCCACCUUGGUCGGUCAGACACCGUGCCGGCAUUACCUGCUCCAGGGCUCGGGCGGGCGGCGCGGCCGGUCCACAAUGACCGGGCGUGCCGGCGGCGGCGGCGGCGGCGGCGGCGGCGACACGGGCCCGGCGCGAGCGGCCGCCGGCCUGGCCGAGCAUCACCUGCGCGUGCAGUCUGUGGCACGGGAUACCGAGCUUGGCCUGCCGCUGACCGUGGCACUGCCGGACGGAGAGGAGUUUCCCGGCUCGGCCAACCACAUACAUAUCCGAACGCCCGAUCAGGAAAAGGAGAUAACCGAGGCCUGCAUUCGGCCGCCGCCCAACCGCACAGUGAACUCUCGCGAACUGUCGACGGGCUGCGGCCGGCCGGCGCGAGCGCCGCGGCCCGGCCUCGCGCACCGGCUGGACACUCUGGCAGGCCGGCAUUGCGUCAAACCGACCCCUGUGAUAGCGAGCGCGGCCGCCGCGCCCUGGCCCAUGACUGUUGUAGUGCCGCGCCACAGCCGGCCGGCGGCGCACAAGGCGUCGCCGCCGCCGGCCGCGGCAACACCGCCGGUGGCGGCCGCGACACCCUCGCCGGCGUCCUCGGCCGCGUCCGCGCAGCUGUCGCAGUACAGCAAUGACUCUGGGACGCGUCUGAGCGGUGUGCAGCUGGUGAGCUGCCGCGCCGGUGCGCCCGUCUCCAGCUGGGAGGAGCCGUCGCUGGCGUCAGGCGCUGGCCGGGCGCGACUGCAGUGACGCGCCGCCGCCGGGCCCGGCCGGCGAGAGGAGGCUGUGCGCCGCCGGCCGGCCCGCACCGACGGGCCGGCCCGGCGGCCAGGCUGCUGGUGAUGAGAGUGCUGAUGAAGCUGGUGGUGAUGCUGGAGGCGAUGACGGUGGUGACGCCGGCGGCGCGGAGGCGGCGGUGCUGGCGGUGGCGCUGCCGGCGGCGAUGCUGAUUGGUGAUGAUGGUGAUGUUGGUGACAUGUGUGACGAGCUCAGGAGCGCGGGCGGCCGGCGGCGCGCGGCGCCGGCCGCCGCCGGGCGGGGCGCUGGGCGGUGCUCGGCCGAUACUGCGGGCGGGAGGGCGGGGUUCGGGACUCAGGCGUGUGUGCGUGGGUGGGAUGCGUGCCUGUGUGUGUGUGCUGCGAGCGUGUCUGAGGCAUUGCCAGUGGCAGUAGCGAGUGUGUCGCUCCCCCGUCGGACCUGACCCCAGUCUGGGCGGCCUCGUCCCCGCGGAACUGAUGUGGUCCAAGAUUUCUGACCGUGAUCAGAAAUGCCUGCGACCGGAGUUUCCAAGUUCUUUCACGUUUUGUUCUCUCGGAUUCCCGAUUCCCCGUCAAAAUUUGCCCCGCGUAUAAAGUGACCAGCGAAAGACAACCUCCCCGAUCUCAAUCCCCACUGGCACACAGGACCGACUUCAGACACCCUCUGGACCCUUCAAACAACCCUACCAAACCCCGGCUCGACUCCUGUUCCGAAACCUCCCCGAACCGAGCGGGUCCGGGCGGCGCCAGCCGGACCCGGACCCGGACCCAAUCCCGUGACCAGAUGCACACCAGUCCCCGGGAGGCUGACUGGAUCCAGCUCCGUCUUUCAUUGGCGCACGUGCGCGUCGUUCUUCCAGGCCCGGGCGGUAUGUGAUAGGGCGGUCGGGCCCGGCGCGCGCGGACCGGCGCCAGCCGCCCCUCCUGUAUCAUUGCUGUGCCCCUGCCCCGAGAGACCGGGACGAAUCGUGUCCAGUUGCACGCGCUAGGGCGCUCACACUGGCGUUAAUAUUAUAUAUUUGAUAAAUACAUAUAUAAUACAUGUGAUAAAGAGAUGGCGAGUGUAUGUGUGCGUGUCUGCGUGUGUGGUGCGUGUGUGGGGCGCGCGGUGGGGCUACGCUUCGUGCGGUGUCGAGGUGCGAGCGGUGACCCUUCCCUCUGUCUUUCACAACCCUGCGCGUCUGGCGGUGUCGUCCACUGCCUCUUGGUGUUGAGAAAUGGUGUAUUAAAGCGUAGAACGAGG